GACCGAGGCUCGGCCCUCCCAGCUGUGGGACUGGGCGUCAGUGCGGUGGGUGAACCGCAGUGAAACCUGAGCCCGCUCCGGCCUGCAGCCCCGCUGUAUUUUGGGAUGUUUUACACGGAGCAGGACAAAGACACGUUACCAGGCGGGAGCCCAGUCUGAUGUCCCUGCGCCGGGAACCGAAGGACCGACAUUGUUCCUGCGGAAGAAGGAGGACUCAGAGACGAUAUGGCUGAAGAUGUCCGUGGACUCUGAUAACUCCUGUGUUUUGCUGUCAUCGCGAGACUCCAGGACGUCCUGCGUCUUCCAGACUGCAGACGAGAAAGAUGAGCUCCCCGGAGCGGGAGAGGAGAGCGUUCUGGAGAUGCUGAGCUACUCCAAGUUCUCCGACCUGGAGACAUGGCUGUGCAUGCCGUCCUCGCUGCUGCUGUCCAGGACCACGCUGGACUCCACCCGCACCUCCUCCGACUCCUCCAACUCCUCCUGCUCUCACGCAUCCAACCACUCCUCCCCGCCGAUCUCCUCCUCCUCCUCCCGCCGCUCCACCUGCAGCGAGCCGGGGGAGGCCGACACACCACUCAGGUCAUCGGAGAGAGAGUCCACCUUCCUCACCCCGGCCCUGGGGAAGGAGUUGCCGUUCCUCGCCACGUCCCUCCUCCCCAUCCUCUCCUCCACCCCUGUCGCCUCCGCCUCCCACAGCGGGGUCAGCAUCAGGAAGCGGCGGCGGCUCGCUGCCAGUCCUGGAGGACUCCACUGGAACUCUGCAGGUUCGGUGCAGCGCGACUUCUGGUCACCUGAUGUGUCUCCGGUGUCGGGGGGGAGCCCGGCAGCAGCAGCAGGAGGUGCGAGGAGCCUCCCCCUGGCUGAGGGAGGCGGGGCGGCGUGGUCCAGCGACCGGGCGGCCUUGAGGAAGACGGUUUCGGUUGACGACCGCCUGCUGCAGCCGGCGGGCGGAGAGCUGCCACACCUGAGACUGCUGAGUCGGCUGGAGAGAGGACGGAAGAAGCUCCGCAACAUCCACAGCCUCGGAACCACGGGACGCUACGACACCAGGAAGAAGUCGGACAGUAAGAUCUCUCGGUUGGCCCAGAGGUGGAACCAGAGGCCGGCAGGAGAUGCUCUGAUCAGAGACCUGAAGCCCCUGUGUCACACGGGAAUCCCCCGAUCCUCACUCAGCCUGGACAGCAGACGCCUCCCGGGUGUCAUGACCCAGCAGAUGCAGAACCUGCAGUUGUCCCAGACCAGGAAGUGCCCCGGCGGGCCAGCCUCCCCCAGCGCCGCCAAGCGCCUCUACCGGAACCUGUCGGAAAAGCUGCGAGGAAGCACCUCCUCCUUCGAAGAUGCCUACUUCUUCGGAAAGACGGACCGCCUCCGCAAAGCCUCGACCAUGCAGGGCAGCGACUGUAUCUUCGAGGCGGUGGAGCAGCAGGACCUGGACACGGUGCAGAUCCUCCUGUACCAGUUCUCAGUGGAGGAGCUGGACCUGAACACCCCCAACAGCCAGGGCCUGACGCCGCUGGACAUCGCCAUCAUGACCAACAACACGCCCAUCGCCAAACUGCUGCUGAAGGCCGGCGGCAAGGAGAGUCCGCACUUUGUGAGUGUGGAGAGUCGGGAGGCCCACCUGAGCUCUCUGGUGGUGGAGGCUGAGCAGCGGGCGGCGGACAUGGCGGCUCAGGCGCAGAGAGAAGGCCUCUCUCUGGAGGCCUGCCAUAAGGACAAACAGCUGAGAGCCUGGGAGUGGAGGAGCAAGCUGUACAAACGCAUGAAGACCGGCUUCCAGCACGCACGUGCCCCGGAGGCCCCAUCUAUGGUUCGUCUGAGCGUGAGCAGUAGCACAACGCUGACCGUCACCUUCCAGGAGCCGCAGUGUCUCAACUCGACAGUUGUGACCAAAUACAGAGUGGAGUGGAGCUGCCUGAAGGAUUUCUCACUGCUUGCUGGAGAGAUGGUGUUGGAUAAUCUGCAGGCCCUCAAGUGCAUCAUCAGCAACCUCACCACGGGUCGGCUCUACUACGUUCGAGUGUCGGCUUACAACAUGAAGGGCUGGGGUCCUCCCGCCUCCUCCCUGCCUCCCUCUGCAGCUCCCUCCAACUGGAGGGAGAGCGACGGACGGGAGCCCCGGAGGCGAGGCCACAUCGAGGCCAUGGAGCGUCUGCUGCAGCAGGUCCGAGCGACUCACACACACUACUGCUGUGGAGACAGCUCAAAGCUCCAGAACCCGAGCAGGAAGCAGUCGGUCUCCAGGAGCCUGAAACACCUCUUCAACUCCUCCAACAAGUUUGUGAAAACACUGAAAAGGGGGAUCUACCUGGCGGCCGUAUUCUACCAUAAGGACAGUUUACUGGUGACAGCCGAGGACCAGAUCCCCAUCGUGGAGGUGGACGACUCCUACAGCAGCUCCCUCAUGCAGGACUUCCUCUGGUUCACCAAGCUGUCCUGUAUGUGGGAGGACGUCCGGUGGCUGAGACAGAGUAUGUCGGUGUCGAUGUCGUCGUCCUCCACCCUGCAGGCUCGGCACAAGAUGCUCACCGCUGCCAGCCAGCUGCAGAGCCUGCUGGGAACUCACAACCUGGGCCGUGUCCACUACGAGCCCAUCAAGGAUCGCCACGGCAACGUGCUGCUGGUGACCAUCCGCGACGUGGAGAGCCAGCACUCGCUGCUCAGCGGGAAGUGGAUGCAGGUCACCAAACUGCAGAGCCAGAGGAAGUCCCUGUCCACGCCGGAGGAGCCGUACGCCCUCGACAUCCUCAUCAUCACCAUCCAGGACAUUUUGGCGUACCAGCGCCGCAGCACUCACCGGUUGGCCCCCGGCCUCUACCUGGGCUACCUGAAGCUCAGCAGCUCUGUAGACCAGAUCAAAGUCCUGGUGUCCCAGCGGACCCCCAACAUGCUCUGUCACAGCCGCAUACGAGACAACGCCAACGUCUCCAGGGAGGAGUGGGACUGGAUCCAGACGCUGUCGGCUGCAGGAGAAAAGGAGCAGACCGGGGAGGAGAGCGAGGAGGCGGGGCCUAGGCCGGAGAGCCACGCCCCUUUACUGUACUACGAGCUGCAGACGGCGAUCAAGUCUCUGCUGAAACACAUCAACCUACCUCUGCCCCAGGCCCGUCACUUCCGCCUCUACAGUCAGGAGGUGGUGGAGCUCGGUCACGGCGUCUCCUUCCUGCUGCUGCUGCCGGCGGCCGACAACGUUUGCUCCGCCCCCGGACAGUCCAACCCCUACACUACCCUGUCAGGGUUCCUCCACCUCCCUCUGCAGAUGUUCGAGCUCGUUCACUUCUGCACCUUCAAGGAGAAGUUCAUCAGUCUGUACUGCCGCCUGUCCUCCGUCCUCGAUCUGGACGCCCUCAUUACCCAGCAGGCACUGCGGGAGGCCAUCACCGACAGUGAGGUGGCCACUGCGAAACAGAGGCACCAGCUCAUACUGGACUACAUCCAGCAACUGGACGAAGUUCGUCGUGAUCUUCGCUGGAUCACCGACGCCCUGCAGUACGCCCGCUACAAGCAGCCUCGCGGCGGCGUACCAAUCACCUGCCUGGUGGACGCCAGCGCUCCAGAUAACGACUCCGGCCAGCAGAAGACGGACUCCACCUCCUCGACCAUGGACUAUCUUCCUACACCUUCCCCCUCACCCGAACUCCGCAGACGGAAAGUCAUGAGUGACUCUCUGCUCGGGUCCGAUGAAGACGGGUCCUCUGAGGUUUUUCUCCCGACUGACAGUGACUACGACUCCAGCGACGCGCUGAGCCCCCGUGAGCUGGACCUGCUCUACUCUCCAGCCCAGGAUCUAUCCCAGCAGGCUGUGCACUCGCUGGGCGGCAGCGCCCCAGACGUGCUCCAGAUCCACGAGCUCAGGUACAGCGUCUGCCCUCCCAAAGACCUCCCCCUCUCCUCGGGGGUGAAGGAUCCUCUCUCCUCACCCCUCCUCCCCCACUCCCCCUCUCUAUCCACAGACUUCCCUCUCUCUCCCUCCGGUCUGCCUCGCUCUCCCUCCCUCUCCAGGACCCUUCCCACCUCUCCGUCCGUCCCCCUGUCCCCCAGAUUCUCCAAGGACCUGCCUCUGUCCCUCCCUCUCUCCCCGGCGCUGUCCGACACCACCAAGACCUUUGAGGGCCUCUCCCUCUCCAAGGAGGGCGUUGCUCCCCUGAGGGCCCUCGCCAACCCUCCCGCCAAACGCAAACUGCUCUCCAGGAGCCACCGGGGCCAGUACUUCAGCGGGCCCCAGCGCUGGCUCCGGGGCCACAGCGGGGAGACGCACACAGGAUCUUUAUCCGAGGGCGUCUACACCAAGCAGCUUGACCUGGACCUGCCUCUGCCCGGGGACCCGCCUUCGCUGCCGGGCCCCACCUACGUGAGCCACGCCUCCUGCGUCCUGGAGAGCCGGAAGGGCCGACACCGGGAUCCGCGGCCCCACGUCCGCAGGAUCUUUGUGGAGCCGUGUAAGGAGCUGUCGCCGGGCCACGAGAGGAGUGGCUGGGAGGAGGAGGAGGAGGAGGAGGGGGGAGAGACGAGGGAGGAGGUGACGGCUGCAGGCGUGUCGGUGGUCGUGGCACAGGUGGAGUCUGGAGGGGAGGGGGAGGAGCCAGAGGGGGCCUCCAUCCAGGAAGUAGACUCAGACGACCAAACGAAUGCGCAGGUGUCAGAGAUCCUCAGCAGCACGCUGUAGAGUCGGACCGCCGCUGAGGGCGAAGCAGCGACCAUUGGCCGGGCGCGUGGCGGCGUGCGGCCCUCAGACCUCUCCGUAGAUUGUAAACUAAACUAAAGUUGCUGGUUCAACUCCGCCAAGCCUCAGAACCCAUGGCAGCGACUGUUACACAGAAAAUAAUCAAUGCAACAACAAACCGAGCACUGCUGACUGUACGUCAACCAAAAAGAAGAAGAAGGUUUGAUUGACUUUUAUUUUCCCCGGUUUAGUUAAAUUCUGUCGACAAACUCUCAGAUUGAAAUGUUGGAACAGUUUUUCUUUCCCGUCUUCAGAGCAUGGAUUCUCCUCUACUUGAAGUGAAUGUACAGUUUGUGUGGUCUCCUGUGGCGAUUGAAUCCCGUCUUUCAAUCAGUGUUAUUUUGCUAUGAUGUGGUCGAAUAAACCUGUGGUCAGUUUAAAGAAAAAGACUCAAACAGUCACUAAACUCAGACCACUAAAGUAUUUUUAUAGUCUUGGAUUAAAGAUGUACUUUUCUAUGGAAGCCCAUUUCUGCCAAUGUGACGUAAAAACACAUUAUAUUAUCAUUAAAAUUACUUAUUAUAAUCUAUCGUUAUUUAAGGUUUCUCAUUAUAAAGAGAGAAUCAUUAUUUCUUCCUCACAUUGGCAGCAAUGAGCUUCCGUAUCUAUCAGAGCUGUAUUUUGUCGGCAUGAAGUAGUUUGUAGCUGUCGUUUUGUUUUUUUUGUGUCCGGUUUGUGCCUCCUCCUUGUUAAGCAUGACAGCGUCAGGGGUCAGGGGUCAGGGGUCGGGGUCGGGGUGGGGGGUCAGGAUACAGUUUGACUGAAGGCAGUCUGCACUUUGCCCCUCGGACCCGCCGGUGUUUGUGUUCACCUUCGUCCACAGUCACUGUAGUGUUUCCCCUGUUAGAGCUGUUUGAACAGGUUCCUCUGAUAUAUGCACGCGAUUUUGAACAGUGUGUUUUUAAUGUUUGCACAUUAUGGAAUAAAAGCUAAUUGAAUAUGUUUUAUGCAAUUGGGCAUUAACUGUGGCAGCUUCUCUCAUUAAUGACUGUAACAAGGUCCAACGUGUUGAUGAAGACGUGUGAAGUGUUUCCAGGUUCUGGUUUGAAUGUGUAGCACUGAUACUGCAGAGGUCAGUACUGCGGUUACACCUUCAGUUUGAUAUCACACACAUACACAGAGGUUGAGCAGGAAGCUAAAGCCAGGGGGGGAUUAGCCUAGCUUAGCAUAAAGACCAGCAACCUCUGUUGGCUGCAAAUGAAGCCAAAACCUGCAGUUCCUCUAAAGUCCACUAGAGGCUCCAGCAGUGAGUCAGGCUUCAUAUUCAACUGCAGAAACAAACAUGUUUACUAAACUCACCACUUAAAGUUAUACAUAAGCCCCGCCCCUUUUUGCUAUGUGCUCCAAUCACAGUUGAGCAACUUCCUCCCUUCCUGUACUUAGAGAUGCUACAUGCUAAGCUAAUCUAUGUUCAAAAGACAACCACAUUUUAAAGAUGGUUAAAAGAUAAAAGAGACAUUUAUAUAGUCACAUCUUAGCUAUUAAUGACCCAUUAAUGUCCACAGUGGAAUUAUAAUAAUAAUUAUAAUAAUAGAAUUUCAUUUGCAGCACUUAAAGUAUUAGCUAAGCUAUGCUAAGCUAAGCACAAAUCCACUAAAAUAUUUUUAUUAAACUUUUUUUAGUCGUUAGUCACUUGGAGGAAGAUUCCUCUGAAACUGUCGGUUAGAAUUUUAAUAUUUUAAUAAUUUUUGAUACAAACAUUUUCGGGACUGUUACGAAAAAAAUUCACAAAGAAAACUGAAAGUUGCUUUUUUCUUCUGGUAUUUCCGUCAUUCAGACACACGUUCAAUAAUAGUUUAAUAAUGUUUGACAGGAACUCCCAGUGACUGACCACUAAAUACAGUUCUGUUUGGUACCAGUGGAUCCAGAACCUUCAGUCAGUGAGGAAAUCUCAUAUUCAAAUUAACGUUUGUAUCUUUCUGUUUACCAGUUAAGGAAAUAAUAAACAAAAAGUAAGUUUCUGUGUUUCCACCUCGUUAGUCGUCUUUAAUGAGUUAAUAUCCAAAACAAAAUCAACCUACAGGAACUUUCUGUCGCUCUAUGGAAGCUCAUUUCUGCCAGUUAAACAAAAUCAGAUGAAAACUUAAUAAUUAAAAUAUUCCCACAGAAAGUUACAAAAGAGAAAUUGUAUCUCAGAAUUAUGACUUUCUGUCAUAUUUUCAACUUUAAUGUCACGAUUAAAAAUGUAUUUCAUUAUUUUGAGUUUUUUUAAUCAUUAUUUUGAUUUAAGGUGAAUUUUUCGUUAUUAUCGAGUUUUAAUCUCAUUUUAUAUUUGGCAGUAAUGGGCUUCCAUACAUCUCUGAUCAACGGAGCAAAGAAGAAGAUUAAACACGAGAUUCAAAGGCUUUUAUUGUGAAAUGUCAGAGACAGGACGUUGUACCUGAAGCUUCAGUCAGGUGACUCUCUCCAGUAUUUCUGUAUAUUUCUGCACCAGGAACCUUUCUGACUUUAUUUAUUUGCUUUAUUAUGAUUUAUUAAAGGUGGACCUGUGUUUUUUUAUGGCUCCAGUGUUUUCAUGAAUGGAUGUAAUUAACAGCUGAAAUAAACUCAUGUGGAUGUUGUGCACUUAAA